GGGUUUGUAUGUGAGAGGGGAAAUGUUAGGCCAGGUAUAAAACGCCUGGCAUGGGACUCCAUCCUUACAGUCCUCGUCAGGUUAAGCCCUUCGUCGCUGCUCUCCUCAGCCGCCUCUACCGACAUGUUGGCCAGGACGCUGUUAUUGUUCGCGGUGACUGCGGGUGCCAGUGCCAGGCCUCAAAGCUUCCCGGCACCGGGCAGUGCCCCUGGAGGAUUCGGUGCAGGGCAGAGCCAGAUACCGUUCAGACCUCAAGUGCGUCCACCUCCAGGCAGCGCCCCUGGAGGAUUCGGUGCAGGGCAGAGCCAGAUACCGUUCAGACCUCAAGUGCGUCCACCUCCAGGCAGCGCCCCUGGAGGAUUCGGUGCAGGUCAGAGCCAGAUACCCUUCAGACCUCAAGUGCGUCCUCCGCCAGGUAGCGCCCCUGGAGGAUUCGGUGCAGGUCAGAGCCAAAUACCCUUCGGACCACAAGCUGACCAACCUAUCCAGCGGCCUCCUAGACCUUUCGUGCCUUCCGGAGAAGUGAUCCCUAUCCUGGUGGACGAACGAGACGGACCUCACCCAGACGGCUCGUACAGCUUCAACUUCGAGACUGAUAAUGGCAUCAGUCGCUACGAGCAAGGCACGCCCCAGGGGGAGGCUGGCGCCGUGGCCAUGCAAGGCGGAUGGUCAUUCACUUUCCCCGACGGAACUCCCGCCGUCUUCAAAUUCGUGGCCGACGAACUCGGCUACCGUGUGGAGUCCCCUCUGCUGCCCACGCCCCAUCCUCUUCCCGCCCACGCCAUCGCCCAGAUCGAGUUCGCCCGCCAACAGGAGGCUCGCGGAGGCGCGUCGGGCACCAGGCCGUCGUACGGGUCUUAAGGUGUCCCUUGUGUGCUUAACUUCCCUGUGUUGCCUUCGUGUCUGGCUCUCACGCGGUCGUCUAGCUGCUGUAGACGGCUCAGGCUGCCCCGGGAGCACUCCAGCGCCACCUCAAGUCGCACCAACGGAGCGCUAUAUAAGUGUUGCCUCCGUUUCCGUCUGUGUAAGCGGAAGUGCAGUGCUGUCGAAGCGACUUGAUUCAUCUCUGAUGUUUAUAAUUAUUACAGCAAAAUUAUAUAAUAAAAACAGAUGCAAAAAAGA